AUGAGAUCCACCAUAGCAGGAUUUCGAAGACGCCUUUCGUCUCCUACCAUUCUUGCUUCUUCAUCCGCUAUUGGGGUAGCUUGCAUGGGGGGAUGGCUCUACGAAGAGAGAACAGAAGUCGGAGAUCGCUUCCCAUCAAGCAUUGCUCAAUGUGAUGGAGAUAGCGGCAUGGCUCAUCAACAACCACAACAACAACGACAACGACAACAACAACAACUAAAAGGCUCACCAAAUGAUGCAAACAGGGAACACGUCAAGAUGAUAUUCUUGGGUUCUGGAUCGUCUACAGGAUGUCCAAAACCCUUGUGUCCCAUGGUAUUCCCUCCCUCAUCUACCUCUUCGAGCAAGAAGCCAAUAAACAAGGAUCAAGAACAUCUCUGGAACCAUUGUCAGGUUUCCAACCUAGCCAUUCGCGGCGAUCCCAAAACCAACAAGAACUAUAGAAACAAUCCCUGUUUUCUCAUUCAAUCCUUUGACUCGGAAGCACAGAAGAUGCGCAAUGUGGUCAUUGAUGUCGGCAAAACCUUUCGGGAGACGACACUCCGAUGGUUCCCGAUCCACAACAUUCAAUCAUUGGAUGCCAUUGUCAUUACCCAUCACCACAUGGAUGCAGCAGGAGGUGCAGACGAUUUGCGCAACUUUCAACUCGUUGACCAGGAUGUAUACCAGAAGACUGGCCAAUUGGUACGCCUGCCAACGCCAGUCUACGUGUCACAUUUUUGUUGGACCAAUCUCAAGACGGUGUUCCCGUGGUUGUUUCCUUCUGCUACAGAAGUACUACCAAAACAGGAUGCAAGUCAGCCAAAAGUAAAGCGGGAUGUUGCCAGUCUCGAUGUCCGAUUAUUCAAAGACUUUCAGGGAUUCGAAGUCGUCCCAGGGCUCACCAUCGUUCCAUUGCCCGUCCUGCACGGUGACGAUUUGGUCAGUCACGGCUUUAGUUUUUCCGUUCAAAACCAAAAGGGAGAAUUUACCAAUGUCGUCUACCUAUCGGAUAUUUCCAAAAUGAUACCGGAAACCAUGGAGUACAUUCAGAAGCAAUUGCCUCCCACGGACAUUUUGGUGGUGGAUGCACUCUUGCUCAAGGGGACCAAUCCAGUCCAUUUCAAUUUGGAUCAAGCCAUGGCACUUCGAGAUGAAAUUCAGCCAAGAGGUCAAACCUAUCUAGUGGGAAUGAGCUGCGAUUCCUUCCCACCACAUGACGAGACCAAUGCUUACUUGAAAGAGAAGUAUGGUGCGGUCCAGCUGGCACAUGAUGGACUAGCGAUUGACGUUGAUGAGUAG